AUGUCUUCCUACCUUAUCACUGGUGCCAGUCGUAACCUGGGAUUCCAAUUCGUUCGGCACCUUGCUCAGGAUCCAGAGAAUACGGUCAUUGGCCUCGUCCGAAACAAGGCUGCCGCUGAUGCAAAGGCUAAAGCAGAAGGACUUCAAAAUGUCCACAUGGUCGAGGCUCAGUAUACAGAUCUGGCAUCCCUUAAGGCAGCCGCAGAAAUUGUCAAAGAUAUCACAGGCGGAAGCUUGGACUAUUUAGUCAAUAAUGCCGCCAUUAUUUCUAGCAUCAGUGAAUUCAAGGGCUUGGGUGAUUUUGAUGAUGAUUUUGAGAUUUUGGAAAAAGACCUCCUAGAAUCACUGGAUAUUAACUUAAUGGCUGUUAUUAAGACUAUCCAUGCCUUUAUGCCUCUAAUUCUCAAGGGCAAGGGCAAAAAGGUCAUUACUAUUUCUACCGGUAUGGCCGACAUCGACCUGAUCAAUGAGACCGAAAUCGAAUUUGCCGCCCCAUAUGCUAUUAGCAAGGCCGCUGUCAAUGUUGCUGUUGCUAAGUACAAUGCUCUGUACAAGAAGGAGGGAGUUCUUUUCCUCGCGAUCAGCCCUGGAUAUGUGGCAACCGAGCGAAACAUUGGAGCACCACCAGGCAAUGAGGACAAAGUGGCUGUACUUGUGCAAAAGUUCGCUGAGUAUGCACCGCACUUCCAGCGACCCUUGACACCUGAGGAGUCAAUAACUGCUGUACUUUCUGUCAUGAAUAAGGCCUCGAUUGAGAAUGGAGAUGGCGGUGCGUUCAUCUCGCAUCUCGGAACCAAGCAAUGGCUUUAG